AGCUACUUUACACCUCGUGCCGGCAGCUCAGAGGGAAGAAAUAAGACACAACUAACGACAUAUGCGUAUGCGUAUGCGUCGUGUUAAAAAUAACAUCUACUACUAUUGGUCGCAUAUCUCGUAUUGAAAUGCAGAAUUUUCAGUGAAGUACCAUACCAAGCAAUCAAUGAUUCGAUCGCGAUACUUUAACCGAUUCAAGAUCUAGGGUGACAGAUUUUGGCUACAAGAUCCUUCCGCCCCAAACCUUCGUAAUAAGCUCGGUCUAGAUCAGCCACUGCAACGCUGUAAGCAAACGUUACGCGACAAUAACGAACCAUUUCCUACGGCACGAGCAAAGAAUCGUAUAAAAUAGUCGAGCUGUUAAUUCUCCUAGAUGAACUCAUCUCAGUUGAAGUAAACAAAUCCAUAAUCCGCAGAUUUCACAUACAGAUUUUACAUACCGAUUCCGUAUAUCAAUUUUAUGUACCUAACAAAUUAUACCUCCUACCUAUAUAUCGCACGACAUCAUGUGGAACUUCAAGUUAUUUGCUCUUGCCAGCCUCGUCGCUCUAGGCAGCUCAUCUACGCAACGUCGAUCGUCUGAUGGAGAUCUCAAGCCAUGGGAAGUAACCAGAUUAUCAACAUUCUCUCCUUCUGGUCGUCCGGGAAACAGCAACCUCGCCAAUCUAUGGGCCACUAUCACAAACCCCAGCCCCAUCACCGCGGGCCCAGGAGCAUCAUUCGAGCCAAGCACGGCUAACUGCACUGUGGAAUGGACGUGGUACGUGGAGGAACCAUACGGGCGUACCGUCGACUGCACUACAGGAGGGAACCAGACCGCAUUUUCGGGUUCUAUCUCGAAGUGGACCAUCGAGAUUCUUAAGGCAGAUAGCGACUAUGCGUCGCCAACCGAGAACUUCGACGUCAAGUUCACGCUUACGGCUAACAAGACAGCUAACGGAGAGGAUUAUUACAAGGUCCUUGCCGGAACGCAGCAUUUCGCCAUCGGAGAGAAUAUGAAAGGAACUUGCGGCGGUAGUGGUGUGUGCUCCUGGUAUCUAGAUGAGAAAAACAUCCCGGUGUUGGUUGAGCCGACUCUGGUUGACUCUUCCUAGUUUUCUUUCGACACGCCUAUUAUCUGUCUGAUCAGACAUACGAGACAUUAUAAAGCGACGGCCUAGCUGAGCUGUUUAAGUUAUCAGAAACUUCAUUUUGAGGAUGUUUAUCAGAUAUCUACUGGGCCAAGGGUCUAUUCUGGAUACAAAAGCGUUGGGACAGUUGUACUUAUGAAUAAUGUCAUAUUAUCCGGAAAUAUGUCUUUCUAGGCCUGGUACAAGUCAGAAUCUGACUGCCGGUUGCCUCGAUAAAAAAAAUUACAUACCAAUAUAUACCAAGCAACAGAUAAUGCCGCCGUCAUAGAGUGAUCUUCUCGUCGGGUAAAGGAACUACAGGCAAACCCCAGAUGAUACGAGGUCCAGCAUCGUCACCACUCCAGGCCUCGUCAAACGCAAUAGUUGACCACGCCGCGGCCUUCGAUCCCCUAUCGAGCAUUUCAUCUUGAUAGUCCCCAAGUGCCCUUUUAAUCUCGAUGAUCGCAGUCACUUACACGACGGCAUA